GGGCCGCCGUCUGCAGCCGGAGCCGUGGCCGCCCCCACUGCGGCCCACCCUACGGCAGCCGCGCCGCGCUGGCGGCCCCCGGGGACCCCCCUGGGGUGCUGGUCCUGCGGCACCUGCGGGGCGAGGACGCCGGCACCUACAGCUGCCUGCUGCUGGGCGAGGACGACUGCGCCUGCGGGGAGGUGACGCUGCUGCUCGGCGGCGGUGCCCCCUGCAGCCCCCCCUGCUCCGGGGCCCCCCCCUGCAGGACCUUCGGCCUCGGCCUCCUCCUCCUCCUCCUCCUCCUCCUCCUCCUGCUGCUGCUGCUGCUGCCGGCCCGCGGGCUGUGACCCGGGGCGCACGUGGGUGUGCGCGGGCACGCGUUGGCACGUGCGCCCGGGUCCCGGCCCCCCCCCGCGGGACAGAGGGACAGAGGGACAGGCGGCCAUGGGGCACCCAGCUGGCGGGUGCUGAGGGCGGGGCCAUGCCGGCAGGCGGGGGGCUGCUCUGCGGGGCCACUGGCCUGGGGCUGCUCCUGGCCGCUGCCGCCACCGACUUCUGGGUGCAGCGCGGGGGGGCGGGGGGCAGCGGGGCCAGCGCCAGCCUGGGGCUGUGGCGCGGCUGCCUCGGGGGACACUGCCACCCCCACCCCAGCACCCCAGCCUUAUGGGAGGCCACGCGGGUGCUGAUGCUGCUCUCGGUGUUCACCGCCGCCGCCGGCCUCGCCCUGGGGUUCUCUGUCGCGGCCAGCGCUGCCCGGCGGGCGCGUGCCCGCGUGGCCGGAGUCACCCUGCUCCUGGCUGGGCUGCUGGCGCUGCUGGGGCUGGCGGUGUACGGGGCCGGCACGCUGAGCCUCCUGGGGCCGGCGGGCACCGCCUGGCGCUUCUCCUGGUCCUACAUCCUGGGCUGGGUCGCUGUCGUCCUCACCAGCUCGGCAGGGCUUUUCCACCUCUGUGCCGCCGCCAAGGACCCGUCUCCGGAGAGCUCCGAAGUGGCGGGUACCUGAGCGGCCUCGGGGGGUGCCCCUGCUCCCACCCUUGGUCCCCCCCUCCUCCCCACAGGAGUCGGGUGGGGGCACCCCGGGGUGCAGGUCACUGCUGUGCUGAGUUGUGCCCGGGCUCUGCAGGGCUGAGCUCCCCCUGCUCUCCCACCCCAUCACCCCCACCCUUGUUUUGCCCCCGCCCCCGAUUCUUGCUGUGCCAAUAAACUGCCGUGUCCGUCCCCCC